AAAUACCUCCAGAUAUAAAUACCCAAGAAGAAUUUUACUUAGUGUUACCAAACUCGGAAAAAGGAAUACCUGCUCUGCAGAAUCAAUGGCACGUUAACGACUGCAUAAGCUGGACUUCAGUGGGCCACUUACUACUACAAAAUAACACUACCCACUCCACAUUUCAAAGAGGAGAGUAGCUGCUAACCUUACGGCAUAAACAAUAUUCUGAUUGUUUACUGGCUGGAAAACUCUUAUGGUGCUUCGCUUUUAUUAUUUUCAUUAUUCGUUUUAUUAUUUUAGAUUCCCAUUUCACAAUCUGCAUACUCCACUUGUUGCGGUGCAAUUCCUGAUCUGUCCCAUCUUCACCCUCAUCUUCAACUUCGUGUUGGUGGUGUUUGACCUUCGAUCAAUCUUCAGAUUAAACGUAUAUGCAAUUUUGCUAAAAUGCAUACAGUUGCAACGGUCAUAUAAGCUUGUUUUCGACGCUUUUAGUGUAUGUGGUGUAUGGGUCUGUCUCUCUGUCUCUCCGAGUUUGUGCCAGCAGUUAAUCCGACUGUUCGCCGAGAUGGAUAUCGAAAGAAUCUAAGGCUAUAGUGGUUGAUUGGUUGGACUGAAAUCGACCGAGACUCCGUGGAAGCUGACCUUUUGGAUGUGGAUU